GUGUGAUUCAUGUGUUUCAUAUAUUGAAACAAGUGUUCUGACAAUCAGCUGAAGACUUUUUUCUAAAUCUUGUUCAAUCUGAUUCACUCUAUAGAAAAAAUGAUACGACAACCUCAUUAAUUUGAGGUCUAUUUUUUCAUUCAAAAUUUUUUAUACCCAAUGUUGCGAUAAUCUGCUGCCAAAAUAAAAACCAAAUGGAGUUAAAUCCAUCCAUUCAAUCUACAUCCGAUCAAGAACCAUCAACAUCAUUGAUGGCAAUGUUUUUAAAUCAACAGCAACAACGAAUGCAAUGGUCAUUACAAUCGCAGCAAUUUUGUCAAUCAUCAUUCGGUCAUCAUUCUUCAUUAGGACCACUUCAACAGCCGCAAAAUUAUCCCCAACCAAUGUCAUGUAUUUAUCAUCAAUAUCCAUCAUCAUACAAUGCUGCCAUUCCUUUUUAUGCAAUGGACCCAUAUUCUCAACCAACAUUUUGCCAGUAUUGGUCUUAUCUUCCAUUACCAGUUAUGGCCGGAGGUUCAUCAUCAUCAUCGACAAAGACAGGAUUUCAGUAUGCUCAACUGCCAUUAUACAAUCAUCAGGCAGGAAAUCCCUGGCUGACAUCAUGUCCAAAUCAAUCUUGUUUAUCAACCAUGUCGAAUAAUUCGAAUGAUUCUUUUGGCUUUGAUCGACUUAAUACCCGACUUCGCGAUGAUAGUGCAGCUCGUUUACAGCAACUCAUUUCUUUUCCAGAAGACUCAGAUCGACCGAUUAAUUUGGAUGUAUUGAUGCCAAAUGGGACGAUAAUUCCCAUUAAUGUAGCUCAAAAUGCCACAUUCUUUGAAAUCAAAGAAGAAGUAUUUGAAUUAUCUCAACGUGGUCCAAUGUAUGGCGCUCUACGUGAUCGUAAACUUUAUUCAUUCUAUUAUGUAGAUGAAUUUGGUUCACAAAAAGAAUGUGUUGAUGAAGAGAUUCGAUUAUGUGAUGCAUGUCCUGUAGGAAACGUCUUGAAAUUGAUCGAACAUCAGGAAAAUAUCGAUGAUCUUGAGCUUGAUGAACAAAUUGGCCAACUUAUAGGCAAAUCAUUGAAAGAUUUUGAUGCUCUUCUGAAUCCCGAAGUUAAUGAAUUCCGUUAUCGAAUGCGUUCACUGUGCGAAGAGAUCGUCAAAACUCGUCAGAAUAAUUCCUGGUUAGAUAAAAUGCGUUAUGCUUAUCCUACCAGUGUCGAUCCAUCCGAUUCGUCGAUUCUCCCCGAUUAUCUUCAUGAUCGUUUACCGCCAGAUGAUGUGAUUAAUGUACAGAUCAUAUUUGAUAAACCAGAGUUUUCUAUUGUCGUUGCAGUCAGUUGUCAGAUAACACCUGGUGAAUUACUGCGAGAGUCAAUCGAGUUAAUUUUAAACGAUCCAAUACAUUCAAAAGAAUUACUUAAUAACGAACUUAAUUCAUUCGAUACAUUCCUUUUGGAUUCGAAUCAUAAUCAUCAACCAACCAACGAAGAAGAAGAGUCCUAUUAUGAAGCAAGUUUUCCAUCCAAUACUCCUUCUAAAAGUCCGAAUAAUUUUCAAUGGCCAAAAAAUUUGGCCAAUCCAUUUAUGGAUCCAAGUCAAUAUCUAUUGAAAAUUAAUGGAACUUUAGAAUAUCUACUUGAUAAUCAUCGCUUGAUUCAAUAUCGAAUGAUUCAAGAGAUUUUAUUGCUCAAUGAUUCGGUUCUACAAUUGUUAGCAAUACCUCGUCAAUCAAUAGAAUUCGAAGAUGAACCCAUAUAUGCGAUACAUGCUACAAUAUCUGGAGAAUUUCGUCCACGUUCACAUUCAAUCAUUUCUUUGGGUUCAUUAGGCAACGUGGCAAUGUCGACGACAGCAACUACUAGUCGCCGUCGCGCACAACAAGUGGUCAUUUCAUCAUGGUCAUUAGAUCGAAAACUAUUAAUAAAAAUUCAUUCCGCCCAUAUUAAUCAACUUCAAUUUAAUAGUGAUAUAACACGUGUGGCCGUCAUGGUUGGCAUAUUUCAUGGCGGUGAGAUGCUCUGUGAUUCACAUAUUACCACACCAAUAACAUUAGCUGACCUGGUCAAAAGUUCACCACAAAACCCAAAUAUGGAAAUUUUCGAUACUAUCCCAUGGGAAGAGGACAUUGUGUUUAAUUUGAAGGUAUCCGAUCUACCCCGAAUGGCUCGUAUCGCAUUCACGGUUGUUGGUUUUACUGGAUCUCAAUCAGCUAGAAAGAUAGCACAAUUAAGGCAAAAACCAAUACCGAUUGCAUGGGCUAACAUUAAUUUUUUUGAUUAUCGUGGUCAACUUUGGGAAUCCUCAACAACAUUAUCAAUGUGGCUCCAUGAUAACGAAAACGAAUGUGUGGAUGAUGCACAAUCGGUGUUCAAACCUUUGGAAACGGUCGUACCGAACCCAAACAUUGAUCAAACUAUAUUUCUUACUAUUUCUUUCACGAAAUAUUCGGAAGGUGAUAAUACAGUCAUAAGAUUUCCAACGCUUAGAGAAAUUCUUCGAGAAUAUCCGAUUCAGCAGCAGCAACAACAACAACAACAACAACAAAGCAAUGGCAUAUCAUUAACUGAGUCAUCAUGCAAUCAUCAACAAAAUUCAACACAGAUAUUGUAUGAAGAAAAUGAAUAUGAAUCAACAUAUGAUCCAAGAGAGAGAAAAAUUUCCGCACAGUCAUCACCAGAAGAAUUUCCUUUUCUUUCGACAACAUCUCAAUCAUUAGAAGAAGAAUCACAUGAAGAACAUGAACAGAAUCUAGCCUUGAUUAAAAAGAUAAGCGAAGAAGAUCUUCUACAUCGGAUCGAAGAAAAACAUCGUGAACUUUUAUGGCGUCUUCGAUUUGAAUGUUGUCAACAAUGUCCGGAAUCUUUGUGUAAAUUAUUGAUUAGUUUCAAAUGGAAUAAUCAACGUAUGAUCGGCGAUGCUAUAUCAUUAUUACAAUCAUGGCCAAAACUUUCACCUGGUAAAGCAUUAGAAUUACUUGAUUAUGCUUAUGCGGAUAAUUUAGUUCGAAAAUAUGCCAUCGAAUGUUUAAAAGCUUUAUCUAAUGAAGAUCUUUCACAAUAUUUGCUACAAUUGGUACAGGCAUUGAAAUAUGAAUCAUAUAUAUACAAUGAUUUAGUUCAAUUCCUAUUGGAACGUGCAUUCGAAAGUCAACGUAUUGGACACCAUUUAUUUUGGUUAUUACGAUCAGAAAUGCAUAAUCCAGCCGUUUCCGUAACGUUCGGGCUAAUACUUGAAGCCUAUUGUCGUGGAGCCAUUGAUCAUAUCUAUAUUCUUAGUCGUCAAAUGGAAUGUCUAAACAAAUUAAAACGUGUCAACAUCAUCAUUCGUGAUGAUCGUAGUCGUGAAAAUCGAGAAAAAAAGAUUUGCUGGAUGCAGGAAAUAUUGGAGCAGAAAUUUUAUCAGGAAACCUUUACGAAUGUAAUUAAUCCAUUGAAUCCGGUGUAUAAAUUUGGACGAUUAAAAAUAAAAAAAUGUAAAUUCAUGGAUUCAAAAAUGAAACCUUUGUGGUUAGUAUUUGAAAAUUACGAUCCAGGUGCCGGUGAUAUUUAUUUGAUAUUCAAGAAUGGUGACGAUCUUCGUCAAGAUAUGCUUACGUUGCAAAUGAUUCGAAUAAUGGAUCGUCUAUGGAAAGAAGCUGGCUAUGAUUUCCGUAUGACACCUUAUCGUUGCAUUUCGGUUGAGCAUUGUGUCGGCCUUAUUGAAGUAGUUCUAAAUGCCGAUACUAUUGCUAAUAUACAGAAAAAUAAAGGUAAUGCAGCCAUAGCUGCUUUUAAAAAAGGCAGCCUACUCGCAUGGUUACGUGACCAUAAUCCUCAGGAAUCAGAUCUCAAUCGUGCGAUUGAAGAAUUUACACUUAGUUGCGCUGGAUAUUGUGUUGCCACCUACAUAUUAGGUGUGGCUGAUCGUCAUAAUGAUAAUAUUAUGGUCAAAAAGAAUGGCCAAUUAUUUCAUAUUGAUUUUGGUCAUAUUCUUGGAAAGUUUAAAGAAAAAUUUGGCAUUCGCCGUGAACGUGUACCAUUCGUUUUGACUCAUGAUUUUGUCUAUGUGAUCACACAUGGUGAACAAUCAUCUAAAAAAUCGGAAUAUUUUCGCCGUUUUCAAAGCUAUUGUGAAGAGGCAUUCAUUAUCAUUCGAAGACGUGGUUCAUUUUUCAUAUCAUUAUUUGCCAUGAUGUUAUCGACAGGAAUACCGGAAAUAUCAUCGGUGAAUGAUCUUCAAUAUUUACGUGAAACAUUAGUGUUGGAUAAAAGUGAAGAAGAAGCACGUGGCCAUUUUAAUACAAAAUUUAUGGAAGCAUUAAAAAAUUCCUGGAAAACCAGUUUUAAUUGGUGUGCACAUAGUUUGGCCAAAGAUAAUCGAAUGAAUGAUAGUUGAUCGUCAAUAUGAAAUUCUAUUUUCACUGUAUUAUUCUUGUGAAUGAAGAAAAAAUUAUUAUUUUAAUCUUUAAUGAUGAUAAUCAAUAUAUAUGAAUCAAAUGUGAGAUGAAAUUGUUAUCAAUGCUUUAUGUUUGUGUAUGUGCUAAAACGUUUGAAAUGUGUGAUAUAAUAAUAAAUACAUUUUUUUUUGAUAUAA